GGAAGACGUAAGAGAAGAGUGAAGUAAGAAAAGAGUGAAGAGUGAAGAGUGAAGUGUAAUAUUCGACAGGAACCUGCAACAAUAAGAGAGUUGUUGUAGAGUGAAGAAAGAAGAAAAAAAAGGAAGCACUAUCCUAUCCUAUCUCACCACUCACUCCAUUCAUUAUCAUGUUCCAACCACAACCCACACCAUUUUCACCCUUCUCUACAUAUGGAUUAAAUAUAUCUCCACAACCACAACCUCCUCCACCACUUCUGGAUUUCAACAAUUUCCAUCACAACCACAACCACAAUCACACCACUCACACCCACACCCACAAUCAUAACCACAACCACAACCAAAAUCAAAAUCAAAAUCUUAACAACCAUAACCUCAACCACAAUUCCGUUUCAAACACACAAUCACUGCUCCAACACCAACUCCAACACCAACAUCCGCACCCUCAAUCCCACUCUCAAUCUCAAUCUCAAUCGCACUCUCACCCUCACCCUCACGCUCAUCCUCACGCUCAUCCUCACCCUCACAACCACAGCCACACACUCACACACUCACACCCACAAUCUCACGCGCAACAACAACAGCAGCAGCAGCAACGCUCAAAUUCUUUAUCUCAUUCCUCUCCCUCGGCAUGUACACCACCAACAACGACAGCCAUCGUGGAUAAUCUGAACUCAAUUGUUGUUGCAACUCAACCAGGACAAGGUACGACGACGGGCCACGGACUGGGAAAUACCCUGCAACAAUUCCAACAACGGCAUCCGCAACAACCAAUUUUUAAUCCCAUCAAUAGUAGCCCUGCGAAUUCGAACCCAAAUCUUACGGGCACGAUCAACCUACCCCACAACACCAAUCCCAAUCCCAAUUCUUCUCUACCACCAUUAUUCGCACAUCACAAUCAGCAACAAUACAAAAUGGAGGACGGCGGCGUCAAUGGAGUUAAUGAUAUGGAAGCACAGGAAGCUUUAGCUAGAGAAUUUCAACCAGCGUUGGAGGGCCCAUUAGUGGGGGAAAAGAAGAGCAGCUUGGUGAUAGCUGAAGAAUAUGCAAAAGCUGACCCAAUAUAUGUUUCGAAAACUUCUGCAUUACCUCAGAAAUAUUCUCAUUAUCGACCGAUUCUUGGGGAUGGAAAUUGUGGAUGGCGGGCGGCGGGAUUCUCCUACUUUGAAACUUUACUGAGAAUGGGGAAUAGAAGUCAGGUAGAGGAUGAACUAGCAAGGAUAUUAUCGUUAAACAGUCUACUCACCACGGCUGGAGGAUUCGACGCGUGGAUCUUCGAGGACAUGGUGGAAGAAACGACCACCUUGUUGAGAGACAUGGGAGAUUUAAUGGAUACUUCUAUCCCAGCUGCUGAAUCCUUGAUCUUGGAUCGAUUCAACAACUCAGAAAUCUCGAACGCUAUCGUUUACCAUUUUCGAUUAUUGGCUAGCUCAUGGCUGAAAGCUAACCCUCAAAAUUACCAAGGCUUUAUACCAGACGGCGGUGGUAUCGAUCAAUAUCGAAAAGAAUGGUUAGAGCCGCCUAAUCAAGAAAUAGAUCAUCUUGGUAUGACUUUGCUCAUCGACAUUCUACUGAAACCUACCCGCUUCUCGGUUGAGAUUGUCUAUCUCGACCGCAGUGAGGGGACACAAGUCAACAGUCACAUGUUUCAAGCUGAAGAUUCAAAUGGUCAGCCCACCAACCCAGGAGGUCCCAUGAUAUACCUCCUAUAUCGACCUGGUCAUUACGAUAUCUUGUAUAAGGAUCUUGUACGGCAAAGUAUUGACAUGAGCUCAAAUAUUCAAGUCAAUCGAGCCACGAAUUUUACCCAUCAACACUCGACUGAAGCACACCCUCCUAUGAAUCCAUAUCAAACUAUGGAUCUCCUCCUCAGUAUCCCGGGUGUUAGUUUCGCAUCACCAUAUCCAAACUUUGGUACGCAAUAUCAAUCGCCGAUGUCUCAAGCAUUUGCACCUGCGCCAUCCACCGCCUUGUCACCUAUGUCACCUGCAGGAAACUCAGUCUCAACACCACAAUCCGCAACCUCAGUCACAAGUCUUCCCAAUCGUUCAACAUUUACUUCAAUCAAUACCCCUACCCCGAUUAUCGCCUCGCCACACCCAUUCAAAAAUACGCCAAUCUCCCUUCCUAUUCACACCCUACCCCCACCCAAUCCUCAUACUAUCCCAUCUCCUAUCUCAUUAGGUAUACCAGCAGCAAGUUUUCGCCCAAGCAAGUAUGAAUGGGCGAUAUCAGCCGAUUUACAAGAGGGACCCGUACCCAGUUUUCAAACUAGCACGUUUAAAAACAGUCAUUAUAAUACGGCGCAUUACAAUAAUCCGAAUUUUCAACCAGAAGAAUGGAUGCCAGAGGAAGACGGCUUAGGUGUGAGUAGCAAAGGAGGGGGAGGGGGAGGAUAUGGUGGAUGGGCAAGAAAGAGAAGUAGUUGAUAAGUGAGGUUAGGCACGGUUCAUGAAAUGGGGUUUGGGAGAGGGAAAAAAAUUAUGAUAUUAAUGAUGCAGGUAUUGGGGGUAAUUUUUUGUGUUCAUAUGUUUUAAAGGAGUUCCCGGGAACUUGAUUUGGGGGACUUUGCGAAAUGUGCAAAUUUAUAUCAUAUCAUAACAUGAUGAUUAUCUUUUUGUUGACUUGGGAAUCAAAUGAAAUGGAAUUUCUGAACAAUUUUUGAAUGUCUUUUA